GGGAGAGAGAGAGGGAGAGAGAGAGAGAGAAAUGACAUAAAACGACGCACAGAGUGUGGGUCAAGAGAGACAAUCGGACUGCACGCGCUCAGACCUCUUCAUGUCAUAUACGUGGAAUAUUUGCGGAUAUUUUCCUCAUUUCGUUCACAGCUGUGUUUUUUCUUCAGAGGAACAGGAAAGCGUGACUGGCAUCAUCAAAAUAUCUGACAUACUUACCCACGCGCACACACACAAACAAAUACGCAUGCGGACAAGCAGAGGACUAAAGGGAGACGUCUUUUCAUGUAUUUUUAACAUUUGAACUAUAGUGUGAGAAAUAAGGUGAGAACACCAGUUACGCAUUCUCACGCCCACAUAUGCGCGGAGAAGACUUUGUGCAAAAGAAAUCGAGACUUUCUUUUUCUUUGUUUUUGCAAAGUUGAGAAGAAAUCUGCAGAUUUGAAUCGUGUAAGCAUGGCUGGAUUCAGAGCGUUAUUUGGUGCAUCUGGCGUCCGUGCCUGUCCCAGGUUUUGUUGCUGUUGGAAGAUUUUCUAUUUGCUUAUCCUCUUCUUUCACAACUACCUAAGCUCCUUGCUGGACUGUCCGCCUACCUGCACCUGUUCGCCCUCGGAGAUCUACUGCAAUAAAUCCGACAACAGCAAAUUUUUCCCGCUGCUGUACUUCAGCGGGAGCGCCGGGAACAGUACCGGCAGCAUCGAGGACCUUUUCCAGAACAUCACCUACAUACACAUUGAAAACUGGACUGGUCUGCAGGUCUUGAGAGAUGUGGAUAUGGAGCUCUACACUGGCCUACAGAGACUAACUAUCACGAAGAGCAACCUGCAUACAAUCCAGGCUCGUGUUUUCUCCAAUAACCCUCACCUGCGCUACAUAAACCUUUCCAAGAACCCCAUGCUGACCACAUUGUCAUGGCAGAUCUUUGAACAUGUGCAGCUCUUCGAACUUCACUUGGAGGAGGUGGUGUUUGACUGUGGCUGUGAAAUCCGCUGGCUGCAGUUAUGGCAACGCAGAGGAGAAGUGGGACUAAGCAGUCAACAGUUAUAUUGUACUAAUGGCUACAGGAAGAUACUGCUGCAGGAUAUGAAUAUUAGCAGUUGUGACCUGCCAGAUAUCAGUGUCAGCCACAGCAACCUCACAGUUAUUGAGGGUGAUCAAGUAACAGCCAUCUGUAAUGGUUCUGGAUCCCCAUUACCUGAGGUGGACUGGUCUGUCAACGGCUUGCACUCCAUUAAUGCACAAGAGGCCACAGUCUAUGAAAACAACACCAUUCAUUCCAUCAACAUAACUUUGGUAAAUGUGAGCAGAGACGACAACAACUUCCUGUUAACCUGCACCGCCACCAACGUAGUGGGCAUGACCAACGCUUCUAUCCAGCUAACUGUUCACUUUCCUCCCUCCAUCUUGAAGCUGAAGGAGCCAGAACGCCGCCAUGACACAUGCAUAGAAUUCACUGUUCGAGGUUCACCCCAUCCAACCUUGAGAUGGUUCUACAGGGAUAAGGAAAUUACCCACACUGAGUAUGUGCGACCUGAUAUGGAUAUUUAUCAGGAUUACAUAGAGGGCUGCCUUACCUUUAAAAACCCAACACACCACAACAAUGGCAACUAUACUUUGGAGGCCACCAACUAUCUGGGCGUAGCCAUUAGCACUGUGUAUGGACACUUCCUCGACAAGCCCUUUGAUGAUCCAGAAACAGAUUAUGACUAUGUAACCCCGACUGCAGAAACUCACAAACCUGAGAAAGACACAUUUGGGGUGUCUGUAGCAGUAGGCAUGGCAGGCUUUGCCUGUGUGAUGCUCGUGGUUCUCUUCCUUCUCAUCAACAAGUAUGGACACCACUCCAAGUUUGGCAUGAAGGGACCAGUAGCAGUGAUAAGUGGUGAAGAAGACUCUGCCAGCCCCCUUCAUCAUGUGAACCAUGGGAUUAUCAGCCCUUGCACACUGGAUGCUGGGACAGAUGCUGUGGUAAUUGGAAUGACUCGGAUCCCUGUCAUAGAGAACCCACAGUACUUCAGACAUGGACACAACUGUAACAAACCCGCCACUUAUGUUCAGCAUAUUAAACAAAGGGACAUUAUUUUGAAGAGGGAACUUGGAGAGGGAGCCUUUGGCAAGGUCUUCCUUGCUGAAUGUUACAACCUGAGCCCAACCAAGGACAAGAUGCUAGUAGCUGUAAAGACUCUGAAGGACCCCACUCUUGCAGCCAGGAAAGAUUUCCAACGUGAAGCUGAGUUGCUGACUAACCUUCAGCAUGAACAUAUAGUGAAGUUCUAUGGAGUUUGUGUGGAUGGAGAUCCUCUGAUUAUGGUUUUUGAGUACAUGAAGCACGGAGAUCUCAAUAAGUUUCUCAGAGCCCAUGGACCAGAUGCCACAAUCCUGGUGGAUGGACAGCCUCUGCAGACCAAUGGGGAGCUAGGUUUGUCCCAGAUGUUUCAUAUAGCUAGCCAGAUUGCAGCUGGGAUGAUCUACUUGGCAUCUCAACACUUUGUGCACCGUGAUCUGGCGACGAGGAACUGUCUGGUGGGGAAUGGCCUUCUGGUGAAAAUAGGAGACUUUGGCAUGUCCAGAGACAUCUACAGCACAGAUUAUUACAGGGUGGGAGGACACACCAUGCUACCUAUACGCUGGAUGCCCCCAGAGAGUAUCAUGUACAGGAAGUUCACCACAGAGAGUGAUGUGUGGAGCUUUGGAGUCAUUCUGUGGGAGAUUUUCACAUACGGCAAACAGCCAUGGUUCCAGCUCGCCAAUAAUGAGGUGAUAGAGUGCAUUACUCAGGGCAAAGUACUAGAGCGACCAAGGCUCUGUCCCAAGGAAGUCUACGACAUUAUGCUGGGCUGCUGGCAGAGAGAGCCACAACAGCGCCUCAACAUUAAGGACAUUCAGAAAAUGCUGUUUACUCUGAUGAAAGCCACACCAGUAUACUUAGACAUAUUGGGAUAGAAAUAGGCUCAAGUGGAAAGGAAUGGGAUGUACUUUAGGUGUGACUAGAUUAUCACUGGAGGAGAAAUCAGCUCACUGGAUCAGAAGAAAAUGGAUUGCCUUGAAGUGGAAGUCUGUUCUCGAAUCACAGCAUACCCUGUAAUGGACCAUGUGAAUUGUGAUUAAGCAAGGACCUUGCAUCCACCUGCCUGACGUAUAAGAAGAAGAAUGAACUAACUGAAAUGCAGUAAUACAGUUUAACUGGAUUUGAAUGAACUGGAUUGCAUUGCAUUGUAUCACUUUAUAAUCAAAGGAAAUGUCUUCGACCUUACCUAAAUUGUUGGGUUUGGGCUUGUGUGGUCCAGUCUUGGUCCUUUUCAGAUGAAUUCAUGACCGAAAAGACUUGGCUGUUAAGUAUGGAUUGUGUCAAACUAGACUGAGCUGCAUUAACCUGAAUGUGCUGGUCUGAUGGGUUUUCUAAUCUUAAUCAUUUAGGUACCAUGUCCUACUCUAUGCUUUCUCAUUUCAACCUGUCUAAAUCAGUGCAGCUCUGGUUAAUUAUAAUUCUUGAUAAAGCCCAAACCAGCCUGGUAGAGUGGUUCAGCAUGGCUGUAUUUCAGAUAUCCUGUCCCAGAUUGUACUGGUUGAACCACAUUGU